CAAGUUCAGGCCCACCCAUUUCAACAAAUUAGUUUUUGGGCGAGUUAAUAACCCUCCCAUUUAUUAAGUCAACUCAUUUUUACCCGCUCAAAUUCAGUCUAACCUGCCCCUUGUCUAACACAUAACACUGGGUAUUUUGUUGUGUUGGCGACGACUUAACUAAUUUAAUUUUUAAAAUACUUUUCUUUAAUUUUUUUUCAUAUAUAUAUUUUUUUUUUUUCAUAUGUUUUGGGAAAGUUUCAUAAGCCGCCAGCCCCCAAGCCUUUUUAGAUGAACUCAAAUUCAGAGCUCAAUUAUACUCCAUGGAAAUGCAGAAAAAAAUCAUGGCGGGAAGAGACCGACUCAGUGAUUUACCCGACUCACUUCUAAUUCACAUUCUCUCAAUUAUUGGGUUACGGGACAGUAAAGCAGUUGUGAGAACCAGUGUAUUAUCUACACGUUGGCGGUUUAUUUGGAAGUCCGUUCCACUAUCACUCUACUAUGAUAGUUCUCCCAAUGGUUACAUUCCCAUUUUAUUGCUUCCACCAAUAGAGACCUUUAUUAUUGGAGGUCUUGUCAGAAAAUCAUAAGGUUUAGGGGUGUUUUGUCUAGGUACGACACGUGUUACGUUAAAGAUGUUGAUUUAUGGGUACAUUUUGCGACUAAAGUUCAUAACGUUGAAUGUUUUACACUUGGGUUUUCCCGGGAAAGUAACCCGAGAUAUGAGCUUCCUCAGUUUGCAUAUAAGAAUACGUCGUUGAAGAGUUUGAUUUUAUUUUUAAGUGUGAGUUGAACCCUUCUGGUAGUGUUGACUGGAGCAGGCUCGAUUUUCUUUCAAUCGCGUCCCUGAAUUUGACGGAUGGUGUCUUGGAAAAGGUAUUAUCUGGUUGUCCUAACUUGGAACUGGAGAAUGUUUUGGGCAUUAGUCGUGUGGAAAUUAGCUCUGUGAAGCUGAAAUAUUUGAGCAUUAAAGAUUACCAAAAUGAGAAUGAUGGGGUUCGUCUCGAGAUAUUAGCACCCCAUCUUAAGUAUUUUGAACUUUUGGGGUUUUGCGAUGAGAUAUGCUUGCAGCGGAGAAAUGUGGCUUCACUUGUUAGCGUAGGCCUAUUUUUAGAAUUUGAUGGUGAAGGAUCUUGAAUUGGGUCCCUGGUGCAUCCAGGUUUAUUCAUAUUCUAUCCGAAAUUCAGAUUAUUAUUUUUUGGUUGAUAUUUUCAUUAGUUUAGUUACUUCAAUAGUUCCACUACUUAGGAUAAUCUGAUAACUUAGUAGUACUAAUGAAUUACAUUUUCAUGGCAAGUUUGGUCGGUCAGUUGAAGGUGGCUGAAAGAAACCUUUUUGAAUUAAAUUUUGGAUGAUGAACUGUGAGAACAAAGAGUUUUGCAGUGUACCGAACAAAAUGUAAAAUUUGAAUUGAUUUACAUUGGUCAUACCCUUUAAGUCAUGUGAAUGGGGUUUUUCAAAGUGCUUAAAAGUCCAUCUUUGGAUUUCCAAACCAACCUUGACCACUUUGAUGUGGCAAAACGCAGUCCUAUACUCCAAGUUGUUUUUACGAACUAUUCAACGAUUUUCAUGUCAUUUGAUAACUAUGUCAUAUUUCCUUGUUUUGACAUAUUUUGUUUUAUCUAUUUCGUUUGUAAGUGUCUGUCCGUGCUGGAGUUGGAAGGCUGGCAGUCUCCACCAUCAAGCCGAAAAUUCUUAAAACUUAAUGCAGGCGUAGAAUCGCUAGACUUCCCCGGAAUUUACAGGUUUUUACAAAGUUCAUUUCAUCUUGAGACAUUGGUGAUUGACUGGUACAAUUACAGAUCAAAAAACCUGUUGACAAGAUACACGGAUGAGGAUGAACAUAGCGGGAGGUUUGAGACACAUAAUUUUAACUGCUCAUUGCGACAUCUCAAGACCAUCGAGUUCAUUAACUUUCAUGGAGCACUAAGUGAUAAUAAGUCUAUACUUCCAUUGGUAAAAUAUUUGCUCAAGAGUACAACAGUGCUAGAAAAGUUCGUCAUUGCUGCCAUAUUAGAAGAGAGUGAUGCAUCCCAAUUAUGUUAAAAUGGAACAGGGGUUCAUGAGCCUUCCAAGAUCCUCUCCACUCGCUUCAUUUGUCGUUUCUUAUUGAUAAUGUUUGGGCCCUUCUGUUUCAAUUGAUUGGAACAUACCUAACAAUUGUUGUUUUUUAUGAAAGCGGUUACUCAAUGUUUGAUUUUUGUUGCUACUUUGUAGCUGAUAAACAAAGUCAGGAUUCUACC